AUGAAACACGAAAAAAGUGCUAUAGAAGAAAAGCAAAAAGGAACUGGAAAAGAGAGAAUGGGGAGCUGGUUGAGCAAAUUACUUGGGAAGAAAGACAUGAGAAUUCUGAUGGUUGGGCUUGACGCUGCCGGGAAGACAUCGAUCUUGUACAAACUGAAGUUAGGAGAGAUUGUGACGACCAUCCCAACUAUUGGAUUCAAUGUCGAGACAGUUGAUUACAAGAACAUCUCAUUCACUGUGUGGGAUGUGGGAGGACAAGAUAAGAUUCGACCUCUUUGGAGACAUUAUUAUCAGAAUACUCAAGCCAUCAUCUUUGUAGUUGAUUCCAAUGAUAGAGAUCGUAUCUCUGAAGCUAAAGAAGAACUGAUGAAAAUGUUGAAUGAAGACGAGAUGAGAAAUGCUGUAUUACUUGUCUUUGCUAACAAACAUGAUCUUCCUCAAGCUAUGAGCAUCUCAGAAGUCACAGAAAAACUCGGCCUUCAAACUAUCAAGAACAGAAAGUGGUACUGCCAAACAUCUUGCGCUACAAACGGCGACGGGCUCUAUGAAGGUCUUGACUGGCUUGCUGACACUCUCAAGUGA